AUGGUUUCUAAGCGUCAUUCAGUGUUCUCUCUCAAUGACCUAGGUCAGCUUGACUAUUUCUUAGGCAUAGAAGUCAAAAACAGGGAUAAUGGAUCCAUGUCACACUCCCAAGGCAAAUACAUAAGAGAUUUACUCACCAAAACCAACAUGCUUGAGUCAAAACCACUAUCAUCUCCUAUGGAGGUUGGCUUGAAACUCUCAAAAAAUGGCUUUGAUACCUUAUAUGACCAACCCAUGUAUAGGUCUGUGGUUGGAGCUUUGUUGUAUAUUACCAUCACUAGACCUUCCAUUUGCUUUAUUGUUAACAAAGUGUGUCGGUUCAUGGCAAUCAUUGCUUGGUGGGCCAAGAAGCAACCAGAUAUAUCUUGCUCUAGUACUGAAACUGAAUAUCGCAGCCUAGCACUUGCCACUUCAGAACUCCUUUGGAUCCAAUCACUUCUCCAAGAGUUCGGAAUCUCCUAG